ACCUUCCUUUUACUUUUGUAAACGCUUGGAAGAGGACGGACGUUAUUGUCUUGCAUAGCUGUUGCGGGGAUCGGGUAGCUGAAAUACUUCUGUGUGUCCCUGCCCAGCCAGGCGAUCACAAUGCCUGAUAAAUCGGAGACGCCAACAGAUCGUCCUCUGCUGAGGACCAAUUUCAGGCUUAUUUCAAAAGCUGAUGAAGACCACCCGGAGGCGCGUCGCCACCACUCGAUGGUUGUCUACCAACAUUGUGCAAUCAAGGGUGCACAGUUUGGCAGUGUUGCCUCGCUGGUCCUUGGACCGCCGAUUUUCUACCUGCGUGGGCACCGAGGCGGGUUCUUGGCGCAGAAAACUCUGCAGCUAAGUGUGUUCGGCGUUGCGGCGGGAAUGCUGGCCAGCGAGGCCAUGUGCUACAUGAUUCUCAGAAAGCAGCCGGACGAGGGCGUGUUCGACCGCGCCUAUCGCCUGUCAAACAGCGAGUCGCAGAACCGCGCCGAUGUGUUCUCGGCCGUAGGCGCCGUCACCAUGGCAGCGCUUGCUUUUCGCCUGCCCAUCGGAUACAUGCCCGGUGCCUGUGUUGGCUUCGGCCUGGGCAUUCUUGCUCACUGCGCCUACAAGCCGUUUGCCAAACGAGAACCACUGACCACUGCGGCAUAGUGUCCUUGGGCUGGCAAUGAACGCUUCUCGAUCAUUUUGGUUUCUUGCCUGCUCUGCUGCUGCCGACAGUGGCGCGAAAAGCCUUGCUGUGUUUGCCAGGCCUGCCUGUUUAUGUACUCUUGGCAGCAUGCAUUGUGGCUAUGGCAGAACCCCUGUUCUGUAUCCCGUCAGACGAAGCUCUGAAUUUAGUCUGCACCGUGCUCCCAUCUUCUGUUUCUACGUUCAUAGCGAACCAUGUUUUUUUGCCACAAAAUGGUCAGUACCCUAUGCUGUGCGUGCACAAUGUACGCACACUUGUCCCUUUUUUGUGUUUUUGAAGCUUCAAGUCGCGUAAGUUGAUCGCAUGUGCUGACUGUCUGUAGCUGUUUUUUUUUUGAACUAGUCGAAUUUUCCCGUAAUAUGUAUUUUCACUUUAUACUCAAUUUGGUGCCCCUUCAAUACCUUCCAUUGCACCACCUAGUUAUUAUUAGGUGCACUGUUUUAUUUAAAGGUUUUCUUUGGUAGUGGAGAAUGUACUAGAAGUACAUGCUGUUGCUAAAAUGCUUGCAAGUGUGA